AUGGCGGAGGGAGGAGCUGCGGAUCUGGACACCCAGCAGUCCGACAUCGCUACGCUGCUCAAAACCUCGCAGAAAGGGGACACCUGGUAUUUAGUGGAUAGUCGGUUCAAACAGUGGAAAAAAUAUGUUGGGUUUGACAGUUGGGACAAAUACCAGAUGGGAGAUCAGAAUGUGUACCCUGGUCCCAUUGAUAAUUCUGGACUCCUUAAAGAUGCUGAUGCUCAGUCCCUUAAGGAACAUCUUAUUGAUGAAUUGGAUUAUAUUCUAUUGCCAACAGAAGGCUGGAAUAAACUUGUCAGCUGGUACACAUUGAUGGAGGGUCAGGAACCAAUAGCACGCAAGGUGGUUGAACAGGGUAUGUUUGUAAAGCACUGCAAAGUAGAAGUAUAUCUAACAGAAUUAAAGCUGUGUGAAAAUGGAAAUACGAACAAUGUUGUAACACGAAGAUUUAGCAAAGCUGACACAAUAGAUACAAUUAAAAAAGAAAUAAGAAAAAUCUUCAAUAUUCCAGAUGAAAAAGAGACCAGAUUAUGGAAUAAAUACUUGAGUAAUACAUUUGAACCACUAAAUAAGCCAGACAGUAGCAUCCAGGAUGCUGGUUUAUAUCAAGGACAGAUGCUAGUAAUAGAGCAGAAAAAUGAAGAUGGAACAUGGCCAAGGGGUCCUUCAACUCGUAAUGUGAAAAAUUCAAACUAUUGUCUCCCAUCAUACACUACUUAUAAGAACUAUGAUUAUUCAGAGCCAGGAAGAAACAAUGAACAGCCUGGCCUCUGUGGCCUAAGUAACUUGGGAAAUCCAUGUUUCAUGAAUUCAGCUAUUCAGUGUUUGAGCAACACCCCUCCACCUACUGAAUAUUUCCUCAGUGAUAAGUACCAAGAAGAACUGAAUUUUGACAAUCCCUUAGGAAUGAGAGGUGAAAUAGCAAAAUCUUACGCUGAACUCAUCAAGUAAAUGUGGCCUGGAAAAUACAGCUAUGUCACCCCAAGAGCCUUUAAGACACAGGUGGGACGUUUUGCACCUCAGUUUUCUGGGUAUCAACAGCAAGACUGCCAAGAAUUACUAGCUUUCCUCUUAGAUGGUCUACAUGAGGAUUUGAAUAGAAUUAGGAAAAAACCUUAUAUUCAAUUGAAAGAUGCUGAUGGAAGGCCUGACAAGGUUGUUGCUGAAGAAGCCUGGGAAAACGACUUAAAAAGAAAUGAUUCUAUCAUAGUAGAUAUAUUUCAUGGCCUUUUCAAGUCAACCUUAGUUUGUCCUGAGUGCGCUAAGAUUUCAGUAACAUUUGAUCCUUUUUGUUACUUGACUCUUCCACUGCCUAUGAAAAAAGAGCGUACCUUGGAAGUUUAUUUAGUUAGAAUGGAUCCACUUACCAAACCUAUGCAGGUAAAUAUUAUUGUUUCCAGGUAAAUAGCACUAUUUAUGUCCUGCUUAUAACAUUCAAAGAAAUUAAUUUUGAACCUUCAUUUUCAAACCCAGUUUAGGUGGAAUUUAUGAGCUCA